AUCUCCUUUUACUGGAGGGACGUAGGGACGUGGAUUGAAGGAGUCUGUGUUGAGAUGAGAAGGGAUGGAAGUUGCCUUCAUCUCAAUAUGUGAGGAGGACCAGAGGACGAGGAGCCAGCUCAGAUACCAGGAAAGAAAGAACCAAAGAGAGACAGAGAGAUGGAGAGAGCAAGAGGUCACCUGGUGUGUUCCCACCAAAAGUGGCGUUGAAGGCGAGGAGCCAAGUCCAAUUCAGAGAAUUGCCAACGACGAGGACCAAGACCAACACAACGACGGUGAGGACGACGACGGCGACGUCGUUGACGACAGCAACAACAACAACAACAACUUGGUUGAGGGCAACUCCGACGUUCAUCUUGGGUGGAAAUGGUGGUGGAACACAUGAUGAUGAUGGCAACAACAGCGGAGCUAACGGCGGCUUCAUUCAAGGAAUGUCAGUGUUCAAAAGGCCGAGAGGUCGAACUAUAAAAGAAUUGCUACAGAUCCACAGAAGGCUUACUCCAACUUCUGAUCCAUAGCGGUGGGGACGCGCCAAACCAGUUCGGUUUUUUUCUCACUCUUUCUCUGUCUCUGUGUUUCUCUCUUUGCUUUGGUGGUUCAACAAAUAAAAGGGUGGAUCUAAUUGGUCUGAUUGCACUAAUUGAGGUCACUUAUUUGAGUCGAACUUCAAGGUUGACGUGAUUACAGACAAUCUUGACAAUGGGAACGGGUGACAGAUUACUCGAUAUUCCUUGCAAAGUUUGCGGUGACCGAAGUUCUGGCAAACAUUAUGGGAUAUACUCCUGCGAUGGAUGCUCGGGAUUCUUCAAAAGGAGUAUUCAUCGUAGCCGUGUCUACACUUGCAAAGCACAGGGCGAAUUCAAAGGCCGUUGUCCAAUAGACAAAACUCAUCGUAAUCAAUGUCGGGCAUGUCGAUUGAAAAAGUGCUUUGACUCGGCCAUGAACAAAGAUGCUGUUCAACACGAGCGGGGCCCUCGCAAGUCAAAACUUCAAAAGGAAUUAGCAGCCAGUGGGAUAUCGACAUCCACGGGUCAUUUGAGCAAUCGCUCGCUCCAUCAUCAUCACCAUCAUCAUCACAACACGAUGAUGUCCGGUCCAAACUUGUCCUCGCCCACCAAAGUUCCACCCUUCUUCUUUCCCUCAGCCGCAGCCGCCGCAGCCGUGGCCCAUCAUUUGUUCCCCCUCCCACAUCCGCAUCCCCAACCACCACCCGCCAUGCCCACUUCUCGCCACUUGGCUUUGCCCACUUCACAUCUUCCUUCUCCUCCAGCUUUGUUCCAUUCCUCUUCAUCGUCGUCCUCGUCUUCGAAUUGCGAGAAAUCCUCUGCAGUGGGAGGGAAUCGAGGCCGAGGAGGACCAGGAGGACCAAGAGGGCCAGGAGGAGGAGGAGGAGGAGGAGGGACAACGGAGGGAAAUUGUAACGAGAGUGACGGCGGGAAAAUCCUCUCUUCCUCGCCCUCACCGCCAAAGUCAACUAGUGCUGAAGUCAACGGGGACACACGACUUGUCGCUCCGUCACCCAUCAUGUUGGGACGGGGAACAUCCUUGCUUUCGAUCAUUGCCGAUCGUCAUACGGACUUUUGGGGCAGCAAAGGACCUUUAAGCGACGGUUUAGCCUUGCCUUCUCCGCCUCCACUCUUGUUCCCUUACCCAACGCCGAAUUUAUUGAGCCAUGGAAUGAUCCCUUCUUGGGACACCCUUCAAGAAACGUCGGCCCGUUUGUUAUUCAUGGCGGUCCGUUGGGUCAAAUGUCUGGCACCAUUCCAAACUCUUUCACUCAAAGAUCAGAUGCUUUUAUUGCAAGAGUCAUGGAAGGACUUGUUCCUUCUGCAUCUGUCCCAGUGGGCGAUUCCAUGGGAUUUAGGACAUUUGCUAUCCUCCCGUCAGUCCCAACUGGUGUUGUCAACAGAUUCUCCUUUCAUGUCGGAUGAUCAUUUAGUCGACAUGGAGAUCAAAACGAUGCAAGAAAUCAUGUGUCGAUUCCGACAAAUCUCUCCUGAUGGAACGGAAUGCGGGUGCUUAAAGGCGAUUGUCCUAUUUAAACCAGAAACGGAUGGUUUAACGGACAUUCAUCCGGUGGAGAUGCUCCAAGAUCAGGCCCAAUGUAUCUUGAAUGACUACGUUCGUAACCGAUAUCCUCGCCAACCUACGCGUUUUGGUCGACUUCUCCUGGCGAUUCCACUAUUACGCAUGAUCAGGACAUCCACUGUGGAAAAUUUCUUCUUCCGGGACACUGUCGGCGAUACGUCCAUGACUCGAUUACUUCAAGAUAUGUACAACGCAAGCAAGUCCCUUUAGAAAGACACACACGUUUCUUAAAUGUUAUCGCUGUUGAAAUCAGGCAAUAAAGAAAUCU